AUGAAAAGUAAAAGGUUUUGGAAUCAUUUGGGAAGUGGCAGUACUAGUGCUGGAGGCAGUGGACAUCAAAUGAGCACAUCACCUCCAUCUGCUGCUGCACCAUCAUCAUCCAAUUCAUCUUCAUCGUCAUCAUCUCCGACCAAUCAGCAAAUCACAGCACACCACAUGCACAGUCAGACGGUUGGACACGCCAGCUCUGUCAAGGAAGGACCUGCAUUUGGAGUUCCAUUAAAUGAAAUCUUUAAGCGAUAUAGCACUGUAAAUAACGUUCCAAAUGUUGUAUAUCAUAUAACAACUAAUAUUCGUCAAUAUGCAAUGUCACUUGAAGGUAUAUUUAGAGUUCCUGGAUCGAAUCAAGAUAUCCAACAAUUAAAAAAAGUAUAUGAUUCUGGAAAGAUAUCGACACAUGAACAAUUGUAUGAUAGAUGCGAAGAUAUGCAUACUCAAGCAAGUCUAUUAAAACUGUUUGUCAGAGAGUUACCAGACCCAUUAUUCACUUUUCAACUUUAUGAAUCUUUUGUAAAAUCACAUGAUAAUAGAGAUAAACCAAAUCGAGUGGCAUCACUUAGAUCACUGUUGAAUCAAUUGCCAUUGGCACAUUACUCUUUGUUGAAACAUCUUGCGCUAAUGUUGCGAGACAUUUCUCGUAAUUCGGCGGUCAAUAAGAUGACCAGCUCUAAUUUGGCUAUUGUAUUUGGGCCAACUGUCAUGCGACCACAACAUGAAAAUAUGAUCAAGAUGAUCGAAGACGCAAGACAUGUAAAUGGUGUAUUUUUAUUAAUUAUCGAUGAAUUUGAAUAUUUGUUUAAUGGUGCAGAGUAUCCAUUAUUUAUUUUAAACAAUAGUUAUCAACAAUCUAAUCCUUCUAUAUCUCCUUCACUCAUCAAUCAAUUGCAAGGACAACCUGGUGGCAAGAGAAAUGCAGCUCAAUUCUCAUCGUCAUCAUUUAACAUGGUAUCAAACAACAACAACAACACUACUAAUAAUCCAACAAAUAAUAAUAAUAAUAAUAAUAAUAAUAAUAAUAAUAAUAAUAAUAUUUCAUCUCCAAUUCCAAUACCUGGUGGUGGAAAUAAUGGUGGCGGAAGUGGAAGUGAUGAUGAGACUAACCCCAUUUCACCUAGAGAGUUGGUUUCACCAUCGAGUCCUGUGAUGCAUGACGAAUAUUUUAGUGCCAUGGCAUUGCGAUCCCCACCUCCUCCGCCCCCUCCAUCCCCUCUAUCACCAUCAUCAUUAUCCAAAGCUGUUGCAACAUCAUCAAUGCAAUUGGACCAAAUUCAAAAUGGUAGUCACCAACAUCAACAUCAUUCCCAUUCUCAUCAUCAUAUCCCAAAAAAUUCACCAUCGUCAUCUAAUUUAUCUCGAUUUUCCAUCCUUUUACCCAAUCAUAAUAAUAAUAAUAAUAAUAAUACUAAUCCUACCACUGCCAUAAAUAUUACUCCAACAGUAACAACAACAACAACAACAGUUCAAACAGCUCAUUCGCCUACUCUUGGUAGCGCAAAUAGACAAAGAGGAGAUUAUUCACCUACUCUUAGUCCACUUCCACCUACAUCGCCGAGAUCAUCGAUGAUUCUUGAUUAUGAGAAUCCAGAGUUGAUUCGAAUUUUAAUUCACAAGACUUGUUCAAUGUUGUUUGAAAAGGAUCUGGCAGUGACAGACAAUUUGGAGUAUGUUCCUCGUCCAGACGAAAACCACAUUGUCCUAGACAUGGUGUCAUCCUACACCAACAUUGACAAUGCACUCACCAACAGCACAAGCAUGCCAACGCUUGCACCCCUCCUCUCACCAAGAUAUCUCAGAGGUGCCUCUUUGGACUCGGUCAUCACCCACUCCUCAUCGGCAUCCUCUCCAAAUGCAUCGGCAUUGGUUGCAGCCAUUGCAGCAGCUGCUCCAUCUUCAUCCCCCAAUGCUUCACCAUCUCAAUCAAGAUUACAUCAUCAUCAUCAUCAAAAACAUCAUCAUCAUCAUAACAAUAAUCAUAAUAAUCAACAACAACAACAACAACAACAACAACAACAACAACAAUCCCCAAUUGUAAAUAAUAAUAAUAAUAAUAAUAACUUCCAAUAUAGUAGUAGUAACAAUUUAACACAUAGCUUUUUACUUGUUAGUGAUCAUCACAAUAAUAAUAAUAAUAAUAAUAAUAAUAAUAAUAAUAAUAAUAAUAAUAUUAAUAAUAAUAUUAAUAAUAGUAAUCAAAGACAAACCAAUAAUCAUUCACCUCCAAUAGGUAAUACAUCUGAUUCAUUAAUACCUUCACCUAAAUUGAUGAGGGCAAAUAGUGCAGAGCCCGGGCCACUAGAAACUGCCUGGGCACACCUCAUCCACGUGAGACGGGAGAGCGGAAGAGCAUCAGACCUCAAGGCUCUCACCGCCAGCGAAUUAAAAGACGAAAAAUCAGCCAUCAAAAAGGAGUUGCGAGACUUUGACAUCAAGUUUAAAAAGGAUCAUGGACAUUUCCCAAAAAAGAACGAUAAGGAGGUAAUGAGACCUCUCUACCAAAGAUAUCGUGAAGUUAAAGCGUUAUUGGACCUAGCUCAUAAUCAACAAUUACAACAACAACAAUUACAACAACAACAAUUGCAACAACAACCUAAUAAUAUUAACAAUACUAAUAAUAAUAAUCAAACAAAUACUUCGAUGACGACAAUUAAAUCUGCGCCUAUAACUCCAUUGACAACAUCACCACUUAUCAUAACUCCAAAUGCUUUAAAUAAUAAUCAAUUAAACAAUGUCAAUAACAAUAACAACAAUAAUCAAACAAAUAAUAUUCCAGAUGAUGUACAGAAACAACAUAAUAGACAACAACAACAACAAAUGCAACAAUUACAAUUACAACAUGCCCAACCAGCAGCAGCAUUGCCACAACCACCAAAUUCACCACCAAUGGAUUCUUGCUCAGAAAAUGUAUCGAUUACCAGCAGUAGCAGUGAUCAUGACAUUGGCACCAAAGAAAGUGUAACAGAGAGAUACAAUAGAGUAAAGUUGGAAAAGAGGGCAUUACAAGUGGAUCUUCAUAAAUACCAAACAGACUUUGUCAAACGCACUGGAAGAAAGGUACAAUUUGUCGAUGACCGUUUGCCAGUUGAAAAAGAAUACGAGAGAUACAAAUUACUAAAGCAAGAAUUAUCUGAUCUUGAAAAGAUUGUACAACAGCAAUCGUAG